GUGGGAGGCGGCAGAGCGCAAGUACAGUUGGACACAAUGACGGAAGUUUGGAGGCCGCUGAUUGGCUAACCCCCAUGCGCUGGGCACAGACUGGGGUCUCUGAUUGGCUGUUGGCAUCCUUCCUGAAGCUGUCGGUGGCAGCGCUGCAGGCUUCACAGAGCGACGGUCCGUAUGCUGAGGGGAGCCAUGUUGAUGCCUGGUUUUGUGUCAAACGCUGCACUUUGGAUGGUUAAAGGACUGCGUCUCAAGAAGCGGGAGCCUUAGCGGUUGUUCCUGCACCGCGAUGAGAAGAGUAGAGCGGGUUGGGAUGGUACAGGAAGCGCCAGAGGAGAGCUGCUCUUCCUAGGAUCACCGGACAUCAACGGUCGAUUCAAAGCAAGUCAAGUUGAUGCUAGUUAGCCUGGUAGCAACAGCUGUGCGGACGCUGCGUGGGAUGCGGCGUGUGGACUAAACUCAAAAGUAUCCUCUGCCUGUUGCAUUGUGUUGGGCAAAUCAUAAUUAGCCUGCUUUAAGACUUUAGCGUAACAACGGGGCUGCUGGAUUCAUGCUAGCUUGCUUUAGUUACCAUUGUAGAGCUCGCUAGCUGUUAGCUAACGUUAGCAUGCUGACAACCAGCUCGCAUCUUCAGUCACGACUAACAUUCGCUAGCUGAGUGAACUCUAACUUAUUGUUACUUUCAGACGGUCGUCGAGCACCGUGUUUUGUGACAAAAGAGAGAAAAAAUAACCCGAGUGGAGAUAUGGCGAUACACCCAGUCUCUGUGGAAAGCUACCGCCUGCCCAGCCUGCCAAGGAGCGGCUAACGGGCUAGCAGCAUAACUUUCCUCUCACGGUGUCCCUGUAGCUGCACAGCCAGCUUCUUCGCUAGCCGACCUCUCGUACCUGAAGCAAGCUGGCGUCCCUCCGAGUAGAAGCCGAGGACAAGGAGCUGGGGCCGAUGGCCUGGGUGCUGAAGAUGGACGACGCAUCCAUCGAGUCGGGGCUGGUGCACGACUUCGAUGCCAGCCUGUCCGGCAUCGGGCAGGAGCUGGGGGCUGGAGCCUACAGCAUGAGCGAUGUGCUGGCUCUGCCCAUCUUCAAGCAGGAGGACUCCAGCCUUCCUCCUGAAAGCGAAACCAAAAACCCCCCAUUCCAGUAUGUGCUGUGCGCCGCCACCUCGCCUGCCAUCAAGCUGCACGACGAGACGCUCACAUACCUGAACCAAGGCCAGUCUUACGAGGUGCGUAUGUUGGACAACAGGAAGCAGGACGAGUUACCUGAGAUCAACAACAAGAUGGUGAAGAGCAUAGUGCGAGUGGUGUUUCAUGACCGCCGGCUGCAGUACACCGAGCACCAGCAGCUGGAGGGCUGGAAGUGGAAUCGUCCAGGCGACCGUCUCCUUGACAUUGAUAUCCCCAUGUCAGUGGGCAUUGUGGAGCCGAAGACUCACCCCUCCCAGCUCAACGCAGCAGAGUUCCUGUGGGACUUGAACAAGAGAGCUUCUGUUUUUGUGCAGGUGCACUGCAUCAGCACAGAGUUCACUCCCAGGAAGCACGGGGGAGAGAAAGGCGUCCCCUUCCGGAUCCAGUUUGACACGUUCGCCCAGGGAGAGGGAGGAGAGUACAUAGAGCACCUCCACUCUGCCUCCUGCCAAAUCAAAGUCUUUAAGCAGUUGAGCCCCACCGCCUCCAUACAGGACGCACAGAAGUGGCUGCUGAAAAAUCGCUUCAACUCCUACACAAGGCUCUUCUCACACUUCUCAGGUUCUGAUUUGUUGAAGCUAACCCGGGACGACCUGGUCCAGAUUUGUGGGCCAGCAGAUGGGAUCAGACUCUUCAAUGCACUUAAAUCCAGGUCAGUGCGUCCCAGGUUGACAGUGUACGUCUGUCAGGAGUCCCCCCAGGAGAGCCCCCUACUGGAGAGACAUGCAACCAAUGAAAAUGGAGAUCACAGCAUUUCCUCUAGUUUACACGUUUAUCAUGCUCUGUAUCUAGAGGAGCUCACAGCUGCAGAACUGAUCCGCAAGAUGGCAUGUGUGUGCAGCCUUCCACUGGGAACCAUCAACCAGGUGUACAGACAGGGUCCUACAGGCAUACACAUCCUGCUCAGUGACCAGAUGGUUUACAACUUGCCUGACGAAAGCUGUUUUUUGAUCAGCACUGUCAAAGAUGAAUUGGGCGAAGGACUCCAUCUAAUCCUGAAGUAGUGGAGAGGACAGAUGGCAUCACUAAUACUCCACACUCUGUUUUGGAGCAGAAGCCUCCCUCUGUCCCUCUCUGCCUGCCUCUACUCUUUCCUCGUACUUCCUCCCGGUCUCUCCAAACAAUCGCUCGUUGGGAAGCAGUCAGACUGCGCUUAAAGCCAUGUAAAUGUUAGAAUCUGACAUGGGUGUGUCCACUGUUUCAUAUUGAAAACACUAUUAACUGAGGAGAUUAGUUAAGACGAGAGACUGGGGGGAUACAGGGUGAGGGGGGUGAUAAUGAUGUAUGUAUUUUGAUUUUAUUAUUUUAUUUUUUGUCUUUUUAUAUGGUUUCUGCGGGCUAAAGGGAGGGGGGGCUUCAGCAGAGAGGGGAGAGAGCAGUCUGGCUGGCGGGAGAAGGAAAGAAAGCCGAGUUUCCUUAUUGCUCGUUGCCCCUCUUGCACAACGCGCACAACCAGCACUAGGCCAGUAUUUGAUAACAUGUACUGCUGAACAGCAUGCGAUCUCAAUGUACUAACCUGCUUAAAUGAGAAUCCCAAAAUCUGCUUGUUUAACAUUCUCCACGGGGUUGUCUUAAUAAACAAUUUAAUGAUCAGCUGAGCUUGGGAACCCCUGAAAUAUUGGCGUCACCUGUGGACGUUGACACCAAACUUAUUUUUUUGUCAUGUUUCUUGGACUUUGUCAUAUGGAUAAACUCUUGUCACAUAGAGUAAUCCUUUUGUGAUUUUAGACCUCCAGCCAUAUCUCUGUGUUGACGUCACACUCGGCUCGACUCUCUUCAUGUACGUCCAGCUCGGCCUGCGCUUUUACUGUUUUUAGUUGAUGCUUUAUUUAUGGAUCCGGUGCCAUAUUGGCUUUUUUUAGCUCUACCUUUUGCUCACUUUCACAAACACAGUGCAGGUGCACCUCGUCUCCUCUGCUUUCUGUGCUGACUUUAAAAACACUGGUUAGGAGGAGUGCGGGUAACGCCUGUUGGGAUUUUGGCCAUAAUAUGCUGAAAUAGAAGAUUGACAUGUGGAGCAUUAACACCAAUCCAACAACUUCUAUAAUGUGGACCAAACGGGUUUCAGAUUUGUAGUCAUGUAGUUAUUUUGAAAAGCCUCAUUGGCUCUACAUCCUGGUCAUCAGAGGCACUUUUGUAUUCAUAGUAAUAAACCCUUCAUUCGAGGGUCUGCUUAGCAAGAAGCAACCCACCACAGCAGUCCUCUACAAAUCCUAAAAAAAGUGUUUUCAGUCACGCGUGCCCUUAGUGACAUUACAUUUCACACAGGUCCUCCUAGUCGCCGUUGGUUUAGUUGACCCCAUUUUAAUUUUGGUACACAGUCGCCGGCCGUGUUGGAAGUUCAUACCGUUUGCACGCCUCUUAGUGUCAGAAUGUGCGUGUGUGCAUGUGUAUCAUUUUUUUAGUUCUUGCAAAGAUAACUGAAUUGUCGGUAGUUGUCAUAAACUUUUUCCUGUUGGUAUGAUGAAACUGUGUUUAGCUUGCUGUUUAGUAAAAGAGCAUGUUGAAGACGGGGAAAGGAGGGUGGGAGGGUUAAUUCGGUCCUUGUUGAGUGGAACACCUCCUUGUUUUUCCAUAUUAGAGACCAAGUCUGCACUGAGAAAUUAAUAAACUCAAGCUCGAUGUGUAGUCAGUAGUCCAACAGCCACACCCGUUUCUUACCUGCCUAUAAGAAGGAGAACAAAAAAAAGAAGAAUGUCCAGCAUCUGUGUUUUUGUCUAACCGUGCGCCAGAGCCAGGACUGUAGCUCUUGUGGUGUUUACAAGGACACAAGUACCACAGCACAGUAAACUGUGUUCAGAAACAGAGCAGAUGUGAUGCCAAGUCAGGAAAACCUCUGGUGAGCAGUUUUGGUCCCCUUUCUGUCUGUGUGACUGAGUGUGUGUGUGAGAGUGAGCAGGAGAGGUGACCACUGUUCAUGUACAGCCUAAUGUCAAUGAUGAUGCUUCUCAUGUGCACAGUAUCGUAUGCUGGAGAUGUACACAACCACAUGUGCUGGGAAUAAAUGAUUUCAUAACUUUC